AUGACGCAACAGGAACGAGAAGCCACCCGAGCCAUCCGCACCACCAAGGCGCCCUACAAGCCGUGGAUUAGCUCGCCCAACGUGGGUCUGUCUUUUGCCUACCACCUGAUUGGCUUCAUCUCAUUCGCCUCGUCGUUCCACUUUCUGGAACAGUACCCCAACCCGCUCAAUGCCUCGUACGGAGGAAAGUACCAGUACCUGACCAUUCUGGGUCUGUGCGGCAGCUACCUAGCGUUCUUGCUUGCUCUGCUGGCCGACGCAGCCUCGCUCUACUCCAAGGACUUCAGCAAUCUGCUUUACCAGCUCAAAAACUCCGUGUCGGUGGCUGUGACGCCCCUCGAGUGCGUCAUCACCGUGCUCUACUGGUCCCUCAAGCUCUACGACCCCAAGCUGCUCAAACACCCCGCCGUCAAGGAACAGAUUCCGUUGUGGCUCGACAUGUCCAUCCACCUGGUCCCUGCCGUCGCCCUUUUCCUGGACGUGGUACUCAUGGGCCAGCCCUGGAACCUGACCACCGUCCAGGCCGUAGUUGCCAACUUUGGUCUGUCGGCAGCAUACUGGUUCUGGGUCCACAAGACCGCCUCCGUCAACAACUUCUUCCCCUACCCCUUCCUCGGCCUCGUGAGCACCGAGGUCCGAGUUGGCGUCUUCAUUGGAGCCGGGGUUAUUGGCUACAUUAGCUAUAUCAUCAUCCGGGGUCUGCAGUCGACUUUUGCCCGAUCUCCCCUCGACCAGCUCAAGGGCAAAAAGAGCAUCUAA